UUCGUGAGCCGGAACCGAGCCAGCAGCAGGAAGUGUUCAUGAGCCGAGCCACCUGAACCAUCACCUGCAGCGGUCACCACACUCGUCACUGGGCCUUCACACCAUUACCCCGAGACCAGUGAGAAAUGUGGGCGGUGGGCGUGCUAGCUGUGGUGGCGGGCGUGGGCGUGUUGGUCAACGCCCACUGUUACAUUGACCCUUCAGUUAUUAAUAAGAGUGAUCGCGACCAGCAGGAGAACUAUCUCAAAAUCUUGGAGCCAAUUAAUGGCCAAAGGUGUGCUCCAGUGGCCUGGACGAAGACAGGAAGCCAUCAACUUGCCAAAGGGACAAAUGGGGACAAAUCCCCAUUUGUCCCUGGUGAUUUUAUUGAGCUGGAUGUUGAAAUUCAGCAAGGUUUUGGCAUUUAUGGCUUUGAUGGAAAUAGAGGUCCCAUGUCCGGGACAUUUGUGUCCCGAGCAGUGGAUUCCCAUGGUACUCUGGGAGGGUGCUUCACUCUCAGUGAGUCAGCAGUUGCAGUAUUUCUAGGGGCGAUUGUUUCUUCACUGGUGCAAAUUAAAAUGUUGAACGAUUCUCAGAGCACCUUAAUGUGUACCUCGACAUUCAUUGUGCGACACCGUUGUGUUUGUUCACCAUCAUCGGAAGGUCUCAGUGGUGGUGCAAUUUUCUUCAUACUACUGCUGGUAGCAUUUCUUGGAUACUUCGUCUUUGGCUUCUUCUACUUACGCUUAGUGAAAGGUGCUAAAGGCAUUGAGCAGAUUCCAAACCGGCCUUUUUGGUUCAGAGUUGGUAACAUGCUCGCUGAUGGAUGUGGUGCAGUGUUCCGUUGUGACCGAUACUGUGGGGGUGCAAGUACGGCCAAUAGCUACAGUGGUUAUUCUCCAAUUGAUGAGCGUCUGGCCCAAGACCUUCGGGACACUGAUCGUGACUCAACACUACUCAGCCCAUAGAAGAUAUUUGUUAAGCACAAGGACAAAAGAUACUAAUGGCAAAAAGUUUAAUUGAAUAGUAGAUUUAUUUAAUCCAUAAUAUACUAGAACUGUAUGUUUGUGGAAUUCCUGAGUACAGAACCACUACAGACUUUUGUCACUUCAUGAGGACAUCUCCAUAAGUGUCUUCUUUUUUAGUGACUGAAAAGAUACUUCAGGUUUAUACAAAAUAAAACUUGUAGUGCUUUUGUACACUUGUUUUGAUAGUCUUGGUUUUCUUUGUUUAUACUUUUUGAGACAAUUGUCAGUCUUAGCACAAAAUUAUUCUUCACUGUAAUUGCUGUGAUAUCUUCUGUUAUGUGAUGGCUGAAUUUUUCUCCAAAUGUUUAAAGUGCUCCUUCAGAAGUCCUCUAAUGUUUAUGGAGCGAUCAAAUACUUUAGGAAUACUGCCUUCUCAAAAAUAAUGUCCCACAUGGAUAAAAGAUUAAAGGGUAUAUGUUUGUAAUACUGUAUCUAGUCUUGUGUUGUGUGUGGCCUUUUUAUAUUGCCUUUAAAUAAAAAAAGAUUCUCCUGGUACAUAUUUGUUCAUAGCAUGUUGGUAGUAAUAUAAUCGUUCCCAUGUUUCAAGUGCCUUCUUAAGAUGGAGAAAUUAAGAAGAUAGUAAGAUUGAGCAGAUAAUAAUGAAACGGAAGCCUCCGGUCAAUGAAGGCUUAUUAACUAUGAUUGAGCGGCCAGACAAGUCAACUAUUGUUGUAUCAUAAUGGUGUUGAUUAGAAUUGUGCGCCAGGAAGAUGAGGAAAUAUAUUUUAUUAUUGUGUAUACAUGUAAAGAUUUAAUGAAAUAAAUCUGUUGAUAUAAAAAAUGGCUAAGUAUUGACUUAAAUGUGUUUUGGUUGUUGCUAGAUUUUUUUAUGUAUGUUCCUUAUUGAAAAUGCACAUGACAAUAAAUUUCCCUCCCCUUUACACUUUGUAUUACAGGUUUUAAGACAAAGUUGUAACAUUUUACCUUUUUUACUAAUGUUACAAAAUUGAAAUUGUCUAAACACAACCAUACAAGGUAUGCCUUCUAUAUCAUAAUUCAGUAUAAUGCUUAAGAAUUUUCAUUUGUUUCAUAGCUAUGCAGAGUUCAAUUUUAAAGCCAUAUUCAACAUUUCUUGCUUAGAAUUUGUCUCUUUGUACUGAUUAUUUAUAUAUAUAUAUAUAUAU